AUGUUUAUUGGCAAUUUUGAUGAUUAUUUCUACAAAGAGAGUCUUCCUGUUCAAGUAUUCGAAGAUACUUUAGGUGAAUCAUCGGCAAUCAAUGAAACAGAUUCCACACAAUGUCAAAACACGGAAACGGAAAGGAUUUGUUGUACUCCAGAUAUAUUAUUAGAACCCAAGAUAAAAUUACAAAGGCUUUCGCAGAAAGAUAUUGUAAAGUUAAAAAAUCGCCAAGUACUUAAAUCAAUCGAAAAUUCUGACAUAAAGUCACAAGAAUCAAAGAAACAACGAUCCAAACGUAAAAGCUUUUCAAUCCGUCAAGCAAUGAAUAGAAAAGCUAAAUUGAGAGUCAAAAUUUUGGGAGACGAACACUAGUAUAUAGAACG